UUUCCGCUUUUUUCUUCUUCCCGGAACCUGAUUUUUGGAUUUUCCCAGGAUGUAGGGCUCCUUUAAUGAUGGGAGACUCUCAAGUUUUAAUUUUGAUGGCUUUUGUUACUUGGGGUUUUUGGCUUGAUUCUGUUGUCGUUGUUGUACUUAGUGAUGUGGUGUUGUUUGUUAAAGCGGUGGUCAUUUGGGUUUGAACUUUUUAGUCGUUGGAUUUUAAAUCUGUGGAGGAAUUGGAAAUGGAAAUCUAUCUGCUCCCGUUGCCAUGCAUGACAAUUGUAAUCAUAUAUAUCGAUCCUAUAAUACAAUUGCACAAAUUCAAUGAAGGGUAUAAUUUCUCCUGUGCAAAAUGCUAUGCCAUCUCCAACUUUUCUUUGGAGGUUCAAGGUGACACUCUUUCUUAUUUGGGGCCUUACUUGCUGCAAGAUUAGUUGGGAUUCUGUCAUGAGAAUGGAUGCAAAUUUGAGAGAUCUAUUCUUAUAUGAAGCAUUUUUGUAUUACAAUCCUCUUCUUCUUGUGACUAUGAUGGUUUGGCUUUGGGGAGUAAAUUUGUGGGUAUUUCUACAAUCCACUGUAAGCUAUACCAAGGUCUUUGAUCUUGAUCAAAACCACCUUACUCACAGAGAGAUGUGGAAGUGUAGCACUUGGAUGACAAUCAUUGUCCCUACUAGCAUGACUGCUUACCUUUAUCUCUAUUCUCAUGGGGAAGUAUCGCUGGCUGCAUCCCAACCAGUGCUGCUCUACAUUCUUGUUGCAGUAAUCUUGAUCUUUCCCUUUGAUAUUUUCUAUUUGUCCUCUCGGUACUUCUUUUUGAGGACAUUACUUCGAAUAGCUCUCCCUUUGCAGCCAAUUACAUUUCCAGAUUUUUUUGUGGCCGAUAUAUUGACCUCCAUGGCAAAGGUGUUUUCAGAUUUAGAACGUUCAGUUUGCAGAAUGGUAAACAGACAGGUCGCCACAAUUGCUUGGCUUGAAGCUGAUUCAGUUUGUGGUAGUCACUCAGUUGCGAUACCAAUGGUCCUCGUCCUUCCUUAUCUGUGGCGUUUAUUGCAAUGUCUGCGCCAGUACAGAGAUACCAAAGAAAAAAAUUGUCUCUUCAAUGCUUUGAAAUAUUCAACAGCAGUCCCAGUCAUUUUUCUUUCAGCCCUUAAAUACCAUGUUGUCCAUGAGAAAUGGGAAACUCUUUAUCGGCCACUCUGGCUUCUCUCUAGUGUCAUUAAUUCCCUUUAUUCAUUUUACUGGGAUAUAACCAGAGAUUGGGAUUUAAGUGGAUUUUCUCGCAUAUUCAAGUUCAACAAAUCAAGUAUAGUCUCCAACAUGUUAUAUGGUCGACAAUGGCUGCAGAUAUACUUCUGGGUGAUUGGAAGCAACUUCGUUCUGCGCUGCUCGUGGACAUACAAAUUAUCUGCUCAUCUCCGCCAUAACUACCUGACAGUGUUUGCCAUCACUCUUAUGGAAAUGUUACGUCGCUUCCAGUGGAUAUUUUUUAGAGUUGAGAACGAGUGGAACAAGAUCACGCGAUCUGGUGUUCAACUCACUGAAAUUCCCAGAGAGGAGGAGAAAUUGCUAGGUUCCAACAUUCAUGAUGUAUAGAAAAUCUCAGUCAACCAAAUUUUGCCAAUAUCUUCAUAUCAGCAACAGGUCUAAUUCAAUUUUUAAGCUAAUAUUAGUUCUAAUCCCAAAAGCAUUUUUCUUCGUGUGUUCCUGGCCCACCAACAUGAGGGAGUUUUCAAUAUGCACAUGCAUGGUUGUCUGAGAAUAGUUAAUUCCAUUGCUGAAGCACCCCGGGCUCGGUCGUUCCUUCUGUAAGUUGUAUCAGUAUGUUUUCUUCUGAAAUGGGAAUAGAUUCUGUCACUGACUCAGCAGUUCAAUGUAAGUGAAGAAGCAAGCCUACGGUUGCAUGCAUAAUGGAAGAGAUUCUUAAAUGAAUAUGUUCACUUAUACAUGAAGAGCUGCAAGAACUUGUACUUAAGAACAAUGGUGGCCAUAAUGGAUGUUGCAUUCAUUUUC